AUGAGGGUGAAAUCUGCAUUCCUGGCCCUUUCUGCACUCUUGGCUUCCGGCUCUGCUCUUCCUCAGGGAACCCGUCCAGCCCCAUCCACCAAAUUUGCCACAACGGCGGAGUGGCUCAAGGACGUUGAUCGGCGACUCACUGCAGAGUCAACGCUUUCUAGUGAAGCCCAGUGGAGAUUUGACACGAACCUUACGGAUGCCAACGAAGCAAUCGCCAAUGCUGCGUCGUUGAGAUACAACCAACUCAUGACAACCAUCUUGGCGGAGUCGACACAAUAUCAGGGAACGACUGAAGAUGAAAAACGUCAACUCGACCUCAUAAAGCUAAAUGGCGGCAUUCCCAAGGAUGUCGCAGCACAAAAAGAGCUCACGGAAGCAUUGAGCAAAAUGAGCAGCAUUUAUUCCACAGCAAAGGCAAACGGGAAGCCGCUUGAUCCUGACUUGACUGAAAUCCUUGCCACCAGUCGGGAUUACAAUACCCUACUAGAUGCGUACAUUUCGUGGAGGAAUGCAACUGGGCCUUUGAUAAAGCCGAUCUAUACCCGAUUUGUAGAGCUGAGCAACAAGGGUGCCGUUGACGGUGGCUUUAAGGAUACUAGUGUGCUUUGGAGAGCCGGUUACGACAUGAGACAAGACGACUUUACCGCCAUGAUGGAAAAGGCCCUGCAGCAGGUGACCCCACUUUAUGAGCAGCUCCAUUGCUACGCUCGUUCAAAGCUCUCAGAGAUCUAUGGAAAAGACAAAGUCGAACUGGACGGCGGCUACAUGCCGGCACACAUUUUGGGUAACAUGUGGUCUCAAGAAUGGGGUGGUAUCUACGAUCUCUUGAUCCCCUACCCGGCCGUGCAGCCUAUUGACACCACCGCGGAACUCAAGAGGCAAGGAUAUGAUGCUGUCAAAAUGCACGAGCUGUCAGAGUCCUUCUACACCUCCCUUGGAAUGGAUGAACUUCCGGAAAGUUUCUGGACAAAGUCAAUGCUGACCAAGCCCACCGAUCGUGAAGCCGUUUGUCAUGCCUCAGCAUGGGACUUCAACAAUGACGAUCUACGGAUCAAGAUGUGCACUGUUGUUUCGCACAGCGAUUUGAUGACAGUGCAUCACGAGCAAGGGCAUCUCUACUACGACCAUUAUUACCGCAAGCAACCUUACCUCUUCCGCAGCGGCGCCGCAGACUUUUUCCACGAGGCUAUCGGGGACACAAUGCAACUGUCUGUCGUCACUGCAUCUCAUCUCAAAAAGGUUGGCCUCAUCACAGGCAACGUCACAACCUCACCUGAGCAAGUGAUCAAUGCUCAGAUGGCGGUGGCCCUUGAUAAGAUUGUGAGCUUGCCGUGGACUUAUCUGGUUGAUCAAUGGCGAUGGAGGGUAUUCGCUGGCGAAAUACAACCCGAUAAAUACCAGCAGGAAUGGGAGAAUCUUAUUGAAAGAUACCAAGGCGUUAAGCGCCCCGUUUCCUCAGGCGCAAACGAUUUUGACCCGGGAGCAAAAUACCACAUUCCGGCAAAUACCCCCUACAUUCGCUACUUUGGAGCCAACGUGAUUCAAUUCUCUUUCCACAAGGCUCUCUGCAAGACCGCAGGACAUACAGGACCUUUGCACGAGUGUGAUAUCUUCGGCAGCAAGGAAGCGGGUGAGCAAUUCACGAGAAUGCUUUCACUAGGUCAGUCGAAACCCUGGCAAGAGGCCAUGAAGAUAGGGACAAACGGCAUGUUUGACACCGUAGAUGGGAGUGCCAUUAUUGAAUAUUUUGCCCCGUUGUUGGAAUGGCUGAGAGAGCAGAAUGCGGGAAAGAAGUGUGGUUGGGGUUCCUCUAGGCAACCAGGCGGGUCGAAACCGGGCAAUGGUGACAAGCCUGGCAACGGCGGCAAACCUGGCCAGGGUGGCAAACCUGGCAAUCCUGGCAGCCCGGGCUCGGGAAAGCCGGGGCACGGAAAGUGUCCUUCCAAAAAGUACUAA